UGAGCUUCGACCCUCUGUCAGUGGCAGUCGUGCCUCUGACCUUACUGGACCUUGACGAACCAUCUCCAUCACUUCAAGCACUGAACACCAUCAAACCAACCCGACACACCACAUCAAACCCGCGUCGAGAUUUCUACCCCACGAACGACCCGACACCGAACAAACUCUCGACGGGCGCCAUCGCGACUUUAUCCAUCUACCCCCGACCUCCGAUAAUCCACCCUUCUUCGUCUUAGUCCAAACGGGAAGCGCCAUUCCCACCCGCCGUCAUCAUGCCUUCUGCCACAGGUCAAAACUGGGAGAAGUACAGGAAAACGUUUGGCGACGAUGAAAUCGAGGAGAAGAAGAUCACUCCCCUCUCAGACGAGGAUAUCCAGGUCCUCAAGACAUACGGCGCCGCGCCCUACGGUGCUGCCAUCAAGAAGCUAGAACAGCAAAUAAAGGAGAAGCAGCAGAGCGUGGAUGAGAAGAUUGGCGUCAAGGAAUCAGAUACCGGCCUUGCGCCCCCUCACCUUUGGGAUGUGGCAGCCGACCGCCAGCGUAUGUCAGAAGAGCAACCGCUUCAGGUAGCGCGAUGCACCAAGAUCAUCCCUGACGAGAAGGACGAAUCGAAGAGCAAGUACGUCAUCAACGUCAAGCAGAUCGCCAAGUUCGUUGUCCAGCUGGGCGAGCGAGUCAGCCCGACAGAUAUCGAGGAAGGAAUGCGCGUCGGCGUCGACAGAAACAAGUAUCAGAUUCUCCUUCCGCUGCCGCCCAAGAUCGAUGCGAGCGUUACCAUGAUGACGGUCGAGGAAAAGCCUGACGUCACAUACGGCGAUGUCGGUGGUUGCAAGGAACAGGUCGAGAAGCUACGCGAGGUCGUUGAGAUGCCUCUCUUGUCGCCAGAGCGGUUCGUCAACCUCGGUAUCGACCCCCCGAAGGGCGCCCUGCUAUACGGUCCUCCCGGUACCGGUAAGACGCUUUGCGCUCGUGCCGUUGCCAACAGGACAGACGCCACCUUCAUCCGUGUCAUUGGUUCCGAGCUGGUGCAGAAGUACGUCGGUGAGGGUGCUCGUAUGGUCCGCGAGCUUUUCGAGAUGGCCCGCACCAAGAAGGCCUGCAUUAUCUUCUUUGACGAAAUCGAUGCUAUUGGUGGAGCCCGUUUCGACGACGGCGCGGGUGGUGACAACGAAGUGCAGCGUACCAUGUUGGAGCUUAUUACACAGCUGGAUGGUUUCGAUGCCCGUGGCAACAUUAAGGUUAUGUUCGCUACUAACCGUCCUUCCACGCUGGAUCCGGCCCUGAUGCGUCCCGGACGUAUCGACCGCAAGAUCGAGUUCUCUCUUCCCGAUCUCGAGGGCCGUGCCAACAUUCUCCGCAUUCACGCCAAGAGCAUGUCGGUCGAGCGCGAUAUCCGAUGGGAGCUCAUUUCUCGCCUGUGCCCGAACGCGACGGGUGCCGAGUUGCGUAGUGUUUGCACAGAGGCGGGCAUGUUCGCCAUUCGUGCGCGCAGGAAGGUGGCGUCGGAGAAGGAUUUCUUGAGUGCGGUGGACAAGGUCAUCAAGGGCAACCUCAAGUUCAACUCUACUGCGGCCUAUGCCCAGUACAACUAAGCGGGGAGGAAAGCAGCGCAUCAAUGGCGAAAUGGAGAGUUUGGGUUCGGUUUGUAUCGAAACCGGGGGGAGUCUAGAUGUGUAAUAGAGCAUGAA